AUGCCUCCGAGCGUGACACCAAAGCCGCAGCGUCCGAUGCCCGACGCCCCGACGCCUCCACUCGUGGAGCCUGCCGGUCUGACACCUCCGCUCAAUGAUAGUGCCAUACCACCAGCACCAAGUAUGGCGCCUCCGGUUCCAGUACGUCGCCCGACACGUGCUGAAGCAAAGACUUCCAAACGUAAGCAGCGGCGUGCGGCGAAAGCAACACCCCAAGACGUCCUACAGCCAUUGAACCAGCCAAGUGUGCGUGCCAGUGCGUCGGCAGCAUCCUCAAUCGGAAGACCUGCAGCAACGGCAAAGCGUAGCUCUGCAACCUCACGUUCAUCUACGAAAAAGCGUCGGGCUGCUCAAGUUAUUCCGGAUAGUACUGUAGGUGUUCCGGGGAUGACCGAUCAGCAUAUUCCGGAUCAAGCGGCUACUACGGAGGAGACUGAAGACGCUGUUCCGGAUGGUCCUGAUUCGGUCACGGGCAAUACGGAACGUGCUGUUACGGAAGCACGUAACACAUUGGUGUCUGCGAGGAGUGUUCUUGACCACGAUCGCGGUAAUGGCGUUUCGCUUGAUGACUUCGACUCUGACAAUUUCUUGGAGGCACUGAGGCGUGAUCGGCUCUUUGAAGGAAGUGAUCCAGAUGACCUCAAUGUUGGAGUUGACGACUGGCUGCUCGCACUGGAUUCCGACGUUGAAGGUGACGAGGAGUCCAUUUUUCUGGACGAGGACAAUAGUGAAGAUGAAGACGAAAGUGAAGCUGACGUUUCGGGUGCUGUAAGUGACGAUGAGAGCGUGGAAGACUUUGCUGGCGUGGAUGAUGACGUGCCCGUGGAGUUCGAUCUAGCUGAAGCGGAUUUGAAAAGACUGCAAGCCGAGGAAUGGGACGCACUCAUGGAGGAUGACUCUGGUCGACUACAGCUUGACCCUGCACCUCUGUACGACGGACCGUACGGCCCAACACGCACUGCCAUGGCUUACGCUACGAGUCCGCUUGCCAUGUUCUACUUUUUCCUACCCAAAGAGUUGUGGCGCAAGAUUGCUGAGGAAACGAACCGGUAUCAGCUGGAGAGUAUCCAUGAGAUAGCCGAAGGUAUGCGUGAACGAGCGGUACAGAAGCGACAAACUGUUCCAUCGACUAUCGUGUACACCGUGGAUGAGUACGAGGCCAAGUUGCGUCGAAAGUACCCCAUACAGCCCCAUGAAAUCGUUCGGUUCAUCGGUCUUCUCAUCGCACGAACAUUGGAACCGCGGCGCGAGAGUCUAAGCCGCCACUGGAUCACCAAAGUGGAAGGAGCUCUCUCACGUUGCACGUUCGGGCAAUUCAUUAGCCGUGAUCGCUUCCACGACAUCGCGAAGUACUUGCACUUCAAUGACAAUGCUGGACAACCAGAGAGUGCCGAUCGUACUUUCAAAAUUCGGCCGGUUCUUCAAGCAAUUCAGAAGACUUUCUUCCGAGGCUAUCGCCUUGGCGCUCGCAUCUCGUUUGACGAAGGAAUGGUUUCAAUGUGGCAUCGGCGCAACCCCAUGCGCCAAUACAUGUCAGCGAAGCCAAACAAGCUGGAUAUCUAUUGCGGUAAAGCCAACAAGGACGAGGAUGCAGUCGCUCAACGAGCAGUGGUGCAGAAUCUCACACACGUCCUGCGUGGACAACCAGCUCAGCGGCUGAUUUGCACGGACAACUUUAUACUUCCAUUCCACUAUCGCACAAGCUGCUGCAUUGAGUUCACGCAAAAACGAAGGCCCAAACGCAUGGCUCGCGGAACGUAUAAGAUUGCUUCGUGGAGGGGCCAUCCAGAGUUUGUUGCUUUGUUUUGGAUGGACAAUAAGCCCGUUCGAUUUCUGGCUACCGGCUGCUCUACUCAGCUCACUGAUGUAUCUCGCCGUGAACCCGAUGGAUCUAUCUCUCGCGUGCCUUACCCACAGCUCGUGAGAGACUACCACGAAGCUAUGGGCGGUGUCGAUGUCCACGAUCAGCUCAGGCUCCAGCGCUACUCGAUUCAGCGGUCGAUCAGAAUGCGCAAGUACUACAAAACUAUUUUCCUGGGCUUGGUGGAUAUUGCGCUUGUCAACGCAUUUAUAGUGCACAAGCUGGCCAUGAAGAAGAAACGGUUGCCUGUACCGACACACGCUGCAUUCAUGCUUCACGUGGAUUUACUCAACCAGACGAGCGUGGACCUCAUGGGUGGUGACGAGCUGGCUGCUCUGCUUGCUGAGCCACUACCAGCGCGAGCGCAUACACUGGAACAUACGGGUGAAUUGAACGGCUCGAAGCGCAGGCAGUGGCUUUGCAAGGUGUGUUCUGCAUACGCUGGCACCGGUGAACGAAGCUUUGAGGCGAGCUACUUUUGCGCCACGUGCUCUGCAGCCAAAAGGGAAGAGUCACGCUGUGCAACAAGGCCCGCAGACUGCAACAUGGAAGCACUCUUACCUGCAACGAAGUCUGGCAUCAGCAGUGGCUGA